UCUUCGACAGCUAGCAGGUAUUACGAAUAAAACUCGGGACAUGUUCGUUGAAUUUCAAACCAUAUAAAUUAUGUUCAAGAAUUGUAUACUGUACUUAUUACACACUCACACUCACAGACAUAUAAUGUCGUAUGAAAAAAGUUUUUUGUACUUGUACGAGUGUGCGAAAUCGAUAAUAGCGGAAGUAGUAUAGAUAAGUUGCUUAUAUGCAGGAAAGUCGUCGAUUAGUCAAAGUUUGCACUUCAAGCUGUAGACGUUGAUUUAAUCCAUAGUAGUAUAUAACUACAGGGAAAAUUGUAUAGUGCAUAUUAAUGAACAUGGCUGGGAGUAAACUUAGAAAAUUCAGAGAUCGAGAAUGGCUUUGCAGCGUCGAACCAUCGAAAACAAGAUACUUUCCACAAUUGGGAGACCAGGUAGUGUAUUUAAAACAGGCUCACCAAGAGUAUUUAAGACAAGUGAAAAAAGAAUUAGCCGAUCAGUUCGACGAGCCUUGGCCUAGCAUAAGUUUCGAGAAAAACGUAUUUCGAUCAACAAAAUUAAGGUUCACGAGUGCGUCAAAGUAGUGCAGAUCAGGUACAGCAUUAUGAAGCAACGACACUUCUGUUGGCUAAAGCUUCAGUUGAGUGACAAUAGGAGCUUCACCGUGAAGUAUCGCAGCCUGGACGGAGUUGCUGAUUUCUUGGUUCUGCGUCAGAUUUUUGAUGCCGCGCGUCAGAGAAAGUGGCGAUCGGGUCACAGGCUUCGCCGUUUGAUCGGUACAGUCUGGUACUACGGCCAAGUCGUAUCGGUGCAAGAUUACAAUCGCCUGCGUCAUCCCGGUUCGCUGUACAAGCGGCUACGCGUUGAGUGGGGUGAUAAUAGAUUAGAGGAAGUCAGUCCCUGGGAAGUAGAACCGUUAAAUCAGAAGGCUAAUUGCACGACGUGUGGUUAUUCGUGCUUGUCUGAUUGCGAUAAUACAGUCGGCUGCAAGGCAUCGAGAAAAAUCGGCCAACUGAUGUAUCGUCCUGAGUUUAAUGAAUGGCCACACGACGGUAGAGAAUCUGCCUGUAGCAGAUUUUUGCAUGGCCUUGAACAACUUAUGAAAAAGGCUAACGUCAAGCCGUUUCUCGAACUUAGUGACAAGAGGCUUUACUUUUUAAUGGCAAAUUAUCCUAUAGAUUUGCAGACGAUUCAUGAUCGCCUGAAAAAUCUGUUUUACCGUCGCGUCAAGGCGAUACGAUUCGACAUGGAAAUGUUGAUUGAAAAUAUCCAAGAACUUGAAGUACGCCGUACACCUUAUUGGAUAAUGCUGCAUAAACUUGAGCAAUACAAACUGAUUAUCAAGAAUUUGUUGAAAAUUAUUAAAGAUCCGAGUGAACCCCGAGCAAAUAAGUCAAAAAGGUCAUCAUCAUCUAAAGGUGUCGUUGGAAGGAAGUCAAAUAAAAGAGUUGUCGAUGAUGAUGAUGAAUCCAAUGAAAGUUUUAGUUUAGAGACUUUCAAUCAGAAUGUUAUAAAAAGAAGAAGGGUGAUUGCCGAUCAAACAACAAAACAACCAGUAAUACGUUGUAACGAACCUGGUAGACCAUCUUGUUACACAAAUGGUAGCCAUUUGAAGCUCGCCACGAGUUCUCACAGCGACAAUACGGAUUGUUUUUCACGUAGGACGAAUAGCUCGGCGGGUACCGAAUCCACAAUUACCAGCAUCAAAGUCGAGAGCUACAACACGGAUUGUUCUUCGCGUGGAAUGACCAGCUCAAACAAGUCGAUUGAUGCUACCUUGAACUUGAAUAAAGUAAGCGAAGACUCUCCUCGAGCAACGCACGGUCAUACUGUUAUGGAUAAAGUACCCGAAAAACCCCGUGAGCCAAUCAAACCUAUGAUCCCGCGUAUGAUGACGCCGCCUCCGAUGGUGGGUCCAAAUGAUUAUUACCAUCCAAUAUCGUUACCUGAUGGUAGUUUUACGUAUAAACGCUUUCAUGUAUGCUCAACGAGCGGAGAAUGCAGUUGCUCGCGUAACGAAAAAGUUAUAUUUGAUUUUGCUGGUUUCUACUCAUAGGGCGCGUUAAUUGACCAAAAUUAAUUCCGUAGCGAAGCUCUACAAACAUUUAUAUAGAGAUUGGUUUUUGCAGACUUUGACUGUAUCAUUGGCUUUAAGUCUGUAUACCAUCCCGACAUAUGUUGUUCUUAUUGCUAUAUUCAAAUAUUUAUGCUUAUUCUGUCACAAUUAAGAUAUCCCUAAAUGUAUACUACAUAACUAUAGUGUAUUUGAAAAAAUAAAUCAAUAAUCUCACUACUUAAG